CCGUUUGAUAUAUUGCUGGUCACAAAGUUAUCAAGAUGGUAUAUGUUGUCUUCGGAGACAGUAUGUUAUAUUGCAAAUUGUUUGGUACACAUAAGAAAAUAUACAUAUCAUUUUAGAAAUCUGAGAAUUUAUCUCGUAAUAUUUUUGGAUGUGUUAAUUAUACUAAGGAAUUGAAAUAUUAAAACAAAAUUUAAAAAAUAAUAUGGUUCUUACCUUAGUGGACAGUAAAGAUGAAGGAGUAUUGCGACUUAAAUAAAUAGUCCUUGAUUUAUACUUGUGGGUAUAUUUUUAUUCAGAUUAAUAAAUUGAUUUCAACAAUGCCGGUGGAUAUAAAUCGAUUAACAGAUGGUUGGCUGGAAUUAGAAUCCGACCCAGGAUUAUUUACAUUGCUUUUGGAGGAUUUUGGAGUCAAAAAUGUCCAAGUGGAAGAGGUUUAUGACCUACAUAAACCAAUCGAUGGCCCGGUUUAUGGCUUCAUAUUUUUAUUUCGAUGGAUGGAAGAAAGACGUGCUAGAAGAAAAAUAGUAGAAGCAUCCGCUGAAAUAUUUGUAAAGGACGAAGAAGAAGUGUCGAGUAUUUUCUUUGCGCAGCAGGUGGUUCCAAACAGUUGUGCGACACAUGCCUUAUUAUCUGUUCUCUUAAAUAGUAACGACGCUGACUUACAUCUUGGAACAACUUUAAGUCGUUUAAAAGCUCAUACUAAAGGCAUGUGUCCUGAAAAUAAAGGAUGGGCUAUUGGUAAUACUCCUGAAUUAGCUUGUGCUCAUAAUUCACAUGCAAUGCCUCAAGCAAAACGUCGAUUGGACAGAAGUUCUGUAUCAGGCGUAUCUACCGGACGUUUUACAGGUGAAGCAUUUCACUUCGUUAGCUAUGUUCCAAUUAGUGGUCACUUAUUUGAAUUAGAUGGAUUGAAACCAUUUCCUAUUGAUCACGGACCAUGGAAAGAUAACGAAGAUUGGACAGAUAAAUUUCGUUGUAUUAUGGCUGAUCGAUUAGGUAUUGCUACUGGAGAACAAGAUAUACGAUUUAAUUUAAUGGCUGUGGUACCUGACCGACGUAUAGCAAUUACACAUAAGUUAAAAAUGUUGCGAACAAAUCAAGCUAUUGUUUCUGGAACAUUACAAAAACUUUUGAAAGCUAGUGAUCCGGAAUGUGUAAAUACUCUGCAUCUUGAUAUUGAAUCCCCUGGAACUGCUGAAUAUAAAAUAAGUUCACCACCAUCCCCUGUGUUAGAGUCGAAUGCAUUUACUAUAAGAGAUUUACAAUCUUUAUUGAAAAAUCUCGAUGCUGAGAUUGCUAUCAGCGAACAACAACUAAAUGAUGAAAAUGAUAAAAGGUAUAUGUUUAAGGUAGAUGACUGCCGAAGAACUCACAAUUACGACGAGUUCAUAUGCACUUUUCUGUCGAUGCUAGCUCAUCAAGGUGUGCUGGGAGAACUAGUCAGCCAGCAUUUACUGCCCUCAAAAAAAAUUGGUGGACUUGGUGGAAAUCGUAUAGCGAAGGGAUCAACUCAAACUGUUACACCACAAAAACCAAAAAACUGCAAAACUUCUAAAAAUUCUGGCCGAAGGCGUAAAGGACGUAAUAAAUGUAAAAAAAGAAAAUAAUCUUUAAACUGAUCAGAAAAACUACUAACAGCAUACAUUUAAAAUAAUCGGUAAAAUGUCAAUAUAUAAAUUAAUUGAAAUAUUACAAAUAAAUAUUACUUUACUUUUGUCCA